ACAUAGCAUGGACUCGGCGAGCAGCAAGGUUCAAGCUCGCAACUCCACACAAUCCUAUGUGGGCGGAAAUAUAGUCCUAUUUAAAUAAGUGACGAUGCUGUACCUGAUCAUUGUAUGUAUAAUUCAACAUUGACAUUAAAUUGGCUGGCAGGACCAAUCUUUCCGGACGAGCAUGGCCAAGGCAGCGCUCCUCCGCAGCGCGCUCUGCUUGACGACGGCCAAGCCGCGGCCGAGCCCGACGCUCUUCAUGUUCCCGGGCCUCAAGGCGCAGCCCUUCCAUGAGGCCAAGGACUUUGCGUGGACGCAGUCGUUCACAGACAACCUCGACACGAUCCGCGAAGAGUACGUCGCACUGCGCCAUGCGCAAAAGGAGAGCGACUACGUCCUCGCAGGCCAAGAGCAUGCGCUCCACCAAGGCCAGUGGGACUGGUUCAGCUACGUGACCAAGGGCAAGAAAGUCGACCUCUUUGAGCAACACUGCCCGACGACGACGCACCUGCUGAACGCCAUUCCGGGCUUCAUGACCGGUCUGCCGUUCGCGUACGCGUUCUUCUCGACGCUGCAGCCGCAGAGCGCGAUCAAGGCGCACUCGGCGCCCUGCAACAUCCGGCUUCGCUGCCACUUUCCGCUCUUCGUCCCGCCCAACUGCGGCAUCCGCGUCGCGGACGAGACCAAGGAGUGGAAGGAAGGCGAGUGCAUGGUCUUUGACGAUGCGUACGACCACGAGGUGUGGCACGACGGCCAAAAGGGCGAGCGCGUCGUCUUGCUCUUUGACCUGUGGCACCCCGACUUGGUGCCGGGCGAGAAGGACGCACUCAUCAACAUGUUUGCCGAGGCGAGCGACAAGGGCUGGCUGACCAAGUAAGAAGCUCUGUGACGACGAAGCGCACGAGGCGUGGCAUAAGAUUAGCAUUAAAUGAGCACUAACUAACUCUGCGAUUUGGACGAAAGCAACGCGAGGAGGCUUUGGCGCCCGCCCGAGCUCGUUUUCCG